CAUCAUCCUGUAUUUGGGGUCUGGUAACACAGGGCUAGCUGGAGCUCUUGCCUUGCUUGCAGGAUUUUUGCACAAGCACUGUGCAGCUUCCCCUCCCCUCCCUGUAGGUCCUGUGGCCACCAGGACCUGGCACCAUGGUCAGCCUGCAGCUCUCUGUGAUCCUACAGCUCACCUGCUUGUCCCUGGCACAGUUUAGAGGUCCUCCAGGUCCACCAGGGUCUCCCGGUCCACCAGGCCCAUCAGGGAUCCCAGGAUCAGAUGGCAUAGAUGGUGAUAGAGGGCCUCCAGGAAUUGGUCCUGCGGGUGCAAAAGGAGAACCAGGCCCUCCUGGACCAGAUGGUCCUCCUGGUGAAUCUGGAAUUGAUGGAUUAAUAGGAGCCAAGGGAGAUCCAGGACCUUCAGGACGACUAGGUGUCAAAGGUCAACCAGGACUGCCAGGGCCUCCAGGAAAGCCAGGUCCUGGUGUCGCUGGACUUCCUGGUAGCCCAGGCCAAGUUGGACUUCCUGGAGAAAUUGGAGUCACAGGAGCAAAGGGUGAGAGAGGACCCGCUGGGCCUGGUGGACCACCUGGACUACCUGGAAAACCUGGCCCCUCGGGGAACAUACAAGGCCUAGAAGGCAGUGCUGAUUUCCUGUGUCCAACAAACUGUCCAGCUGGCCCUAAGGGACCUCAAGGACUGCAGGGAGUAAAGGGCCAUAAAGGGCGUCCAGGUCCUCUUGGCGAGUCGGGACCACAAGGCAAAACAGGCACAAAAGGAGAUGUAGGCAUUUCAGGGGAACAAGGAAUUCCAGGACCUACGGGCCCUUUGGGAAUUCGUGGUUACCCAGGGCUCGCUGGAUCCAAAGGAGAAACUGGACCAACAGGAUAUAAAGGGAUGAUUGGAUCAGUGGGUGCAGCAGGCAAACCUGGUGAGGAGGGGCCAAAAGGGCCCCCUGGAGAGCCGGGAGAAAAAGGAGAUAAAGGGUCCCGAGGUGUCAUUGGACAAAUGGGAGCAAUGGGUCCUAAGGGAAACAAUGGUCUCCCUGGUAUUGAUGGAAAAGAUGGAACUCCUGGUGUUAAUGGAGUAAAGGGCAGCCCUGGGCAAAAUGGCAUCCCUGGUUCAACUGGUCAUCAAGGCUUAGCUGGGUUACCAGGACAACCAGGCACCAAAGGAGGUAUUGGUCAAAAGGGUGAACCAGGUUCACGUGGAGAGCCUGGAUUCUCUGGAGCUCCAGGAAAACAGGGAGAGAGAGGUCCACCCGGAGAAAUUGGCCCCAGGGGUAUUGUAGGCAUAAAAGGGGAUCGUGGUGAAAGAGGACAGGUUGGACCAGUUGGUGUUCAAGGAAAAGUGGGAGUAAAGGGUGAGCAAGGACCUCCUGGAAUACCAGGACCACAGGGUAUUCCUGGAGUAAAAGGAGACAAGGGUUUCCUGGGAAAAGUUGGAGGAAAGGGUGACGUGGGUGACCCAGGAGUUGAAGGUUUGGCUGGAGAGCAAGGAGAAAAGGGGGAUUCUGGUGAGCCAGGUCCUAAAGGCCAGCAAGGUGUACAUGGAGAACUGGGCUACUCAGGUCCAACCGGAGAUCCUGGCCAGGCUGGAGUACAAGGACUAGCAGGACUACCUGGGCCAAGAGGUCUUAGUGGAGAGAGGGGAGUCCCUGGAAUGCCAGGACGACCAGGAGUUCCAGGCAGAGAUGCUGGAGAUCAACACAUUAUUGAUGUGGUUCUGAAAAUGUUGCAAGAGCAACUAGCAGAGGUGGCCGUUAGUGCUAAGAGAGCUGCCCUAGGAGGUGCUGGCACCAUGGGACCACCUGGACCUCCGGGACCACCAGGAUCACCUGGAGAGCAAGGGCCACAUGGACACCAUGGACCACGUGGCAUCCCUGGAAUUGUGGGAGUGAUGGGUCAAAUUGGCAACACAGGACCUAAAGGAAAAAGAGGAGAAAAGGGAGACCGUGGCGAGACAGGACGUGGUCACCAGGGUAUGCCUGGACCCCCUGGCAUUCCAGGUCUACCUGGCAUUCCUGGCCACGCCAUUGAUGGAAAAGACGGAGAAAGAGGUCCAGAGGGAUCUGCAGGAGAGGGUGGCAGACCUGGUUUGCCUGGUCCAGCAGGUCUCCCAGGAUUUUGUGAGGCAGCAGCAUGUUUGGCAGCAUCUGCAUAUGCUCCAGCCUCUCUGACUGAACCCGGUACCGUCAAAGGUUAAAAAUCCCACUGACCCUAUCAAGUACUUCUAGGACAUAAAGACAGACUGAAUAAUGCAAAAUAACAUCAAAAUGAACCUAUUCCUUGCUAUAAGGACCCACACCCCAAGUACACCAUCUAGUGGUCCUUCUGGUAGAAAGGAAGAUAUUGGGACUUAUAUAACCAUCAACUUUGGCACGGCCAAUGGAGGAACAAGAGAGAAAUUUUCUUACACUCAGAAAAGCCAUCAUAAAUUGUCGGCAGUGUGCAAUCAACCACUCUCCUCCUAAACACUGACCU